GAUUAUCUUCCUGCAGGCUGCUUCCAAGUCAGUUGAAAGGUGCACAGACAGAUGAGAAGACAAGCAUCAGAGGAAUUUUCCAGAAGAGUCCGCAGCUGCUGUUUGAGAGUUUACAGUUGCCAAACCUGAUAAAUAGACUCAGUUUCAACAUGGAAUUUGAAAAGCAUGAAAAAGGAAGCUUAUUAAAUAAGAAAUUAGAGGAGAAACUGACGGUCUCUUCUGGUGAUUCUGAAGCCAAACCUCUGAUCUUCACAUUUGUCCCCACUGUCAGAAGACUACCAACCCACUCUAAGUUGGCUGACACCUCUAAAUUCCUUGUUAAAAUUCCUGAGGAACCAAGUGAUAAGAAUCCAGAAACUGUAAAUAGGUCGGAGUCCAAUGAGUACUUGACCUUGAAUGCUGGGAGCCAGCCGGAGAGAAACCAAGGGACAUUGAUUUAUCCUUCAGACGGCAGUGAAAAGAUUUCACAAGCAAGGGGAAUUAAAGCAAAAGAACUUCAAGGAAUGCAGCAAAGUGACCUCUUCAAAGCUGAAUAUGUCUUUAUUGUGGACUCGGAAGGGGAAGAUGAAGCUACAAGUGGAAAAGGUGAACAAAGCCCCCCUGAAGGGACGGGCUCUACAGCUUCUCGGCCCAAAUCUCUAGCAAUUUCCUCCAGUCUGGUCUCUGAUGUGGUGCGUCCCAAAACACGAGGGACAGACCUCCAGGCCCCAUCAUAUCCUGAAAUGUUUCAUGGGAUUGUCCCUCAGCAAAAGCACGGGCAGUUAACUUCUUCUCCCACUACCUCUGAGCAGCUUGCCUGUAAACCACCUGCUUUCUCCUUUGUUUCUCCAACUAAUCAGAAAACGCCACCUGACCCAGUUAACCUCGACGGAGCCUCUGUGCUAGAGGAGUUCCACACUAGGAGGCUGGAUGUCAGUGGGGCCUUGGUGGAAGAAACAACUACGUAUUUUCAAACUUCUGCUCAUUCUUCACCCUUUUUUGCAUCGAAGGGCACCUCCUCGACGUCACAGUUUCCCCAUGCCACUCAGUUAUCAGGUUCUAAUUUAUCCAGUCCAAGAGCUGCAGAUGAGAAACCUGGACUGGCAUCUGAAGUUCUGAAGAAGACAACAGCUUUCACCUCGCAUGUCCUUAGCCCCAGAGAAAGCCCGGGAACCACUUCUCCUUCACCAUCCUCCAGUGCUUCUCUGAAGUCGAAUUCGGGCUCGUACAUACCAGUCCGUAUUGUCACACAUUUGCUCUCUCCAAGUCCCAAACAGUUUACCUCCUCUUUCCAUGGGUCUUCUUCCACUAUCUGUAGCCAAGUGUCAUCUAGUGGAAAUCUCUCAAAGUCAGGAGUGAAAUCCCCAGUGCCUUCCCGGCUUUCCCUUCUCACUGCCAUGCUGAAGUCAAACCCUUCUCACCAAAGACCCUUUUCCCCUGCAUCCUGUCCCACUUUCUCUCUCAACUCCUUGGCUUCUUCCACACUCACACUCGAUCAAAAAGCAAAACAAACCCCACCCACACCUAAGAAAUCUCUCUCUAGUUGCUCUCUGAGAGCAGGGUCUCCAGAGCAAAGGGAACACCAGGUUUCUGAACUUAGCCAGCAAUCCUUUCACUUACCUUUUUUUGCCACAUCUGCUCCCCUUUCUCAGGCAUGCUCCCUCUCUCCCACAAAACAUGCCGGUAGUAGCCUUGUUUCUUUGAAUGUAGAGAAAACAACCACUUCUUUGAAAAGUAACCCAACACUGUCCCCACUACAGACUGGUUCAUUGAGUUCUGUAGGUCUUCCUCCUGUUCCGCCAACUGUCCCUUCACUUUCUUUGAAGGGCAAACAGGAUGUUGACCUCAGGGGUCCAGAAAAGCCCAGGAAUAUUCACAUACAUCCUACAUCAGUCUCCUCUGCAUUAUCUUCUCUAUCUCCUCCCGCUAAUCAAAGAGCCAUGCUCUCCUCUCCAGAGAAAUAUUUCCAUCCUUCCCCAGCUCUUUCAAACCUAAUAAACAGAUCCAAGAGAACAGCCCCACAGCUAGCUGACCAGGGGCAGAAUCCUUCAACUCCUCCUUUACCCCCUGUCUCCAGUGCUAGCUCUGCCUCUCUUUCCAAAUUGGGGUCCUCUCCUCUCCCUCGUGCUAAUCUGCCCACCCAGACACUCCAGCUCCAUCCCUCAACACUGUACCCAAGUUGUGGCAGUGGUACCUUACCUUCAAGACCUGGAAAUUAUGAAAGCUCAAUAUCCAACUACAGGUCAUCUCUUUCAACCCCAUCACCUCCCAUCUCUCUAACAAGAACCAAGGAGCUGAUUUCACCUUGUGCAUUGUCCAUGUCAACAGGCCCUGAAAAUAAGAAACCCAAGCAAUACAAGACCAAGUCAAGCUACAAGGCUUUUGCAGCAAUCCCUACAAACACAUUGCUUUUGGAACAGAAGGCACUCGAUGAACCAGCCAAGACUGAAAGUAUCUUCAAGGACAACACUUUAGACCCACCUCUGGAGUUUUGUUCCCCUGCACAGCUCAGGCAGCAAACUGAAGAGCUCUGUGCUACCAUUGAUAAGGUCUUACAGGAUUCCUUGUCUAUGCAUUCUUCUGAUUCUCCUUCAAGUUCCUCACAGACAUUGUUGGGUUCUGACACAAUGAAAAUGCCUACAACUCUUCCGAGAGCAGCUGGUCGGGAAACUAAAUAUGCAAACCUGUCCUCACCAUCCUCUACAAUAUCUGACAGUCAGCUGACUAAGCCUGGAGUAAUUCGACCAGUACCUGUAAAAUCCAAAAUAUUUCUGAAAAAAGAGGAGGAAGUCUAUGAGCCCAACCCUUUCAGUAAAUACCUGGACGAUAAUAGUGACUUCUUUUCUGAGCAGGAUGGGACAGUUCCUCCCAAGCCUGUUUCUCUCCACCCUUUAUAUCAGACUAGACUCAGUCCUCCUGCUCAGUCCCUGCCGUCUCCUCAGACGCUCUCACAUGCUGACUGUCUUACCCCAGGACCCUUCAGUCAUUUGUCCUUCUCACUGAGGGAUGAACAGGAGAAUUCUCACACCCUGUUUAGCGGCAACACAUAUAAUAAGCUGAGUCAUCCAAUGGUGGCUAUUCCUGAACAUGAAAGUCUUGAUUCCAGAGAGCAAUGAAGUUGGAGCAGAAGCUGAAAACACAGGCCACGCUGAAGUUUUCUAGAAUGCUGGUGCUAAUCACUUGCUAGAUUUGAUGUUUAAUUUUUUUUUGUUUUUCAGUAUGAGUGUUCCCUUUAUGAACUGCAAUGCAGAAGUGGAAUUAAAAAAAAAAAGUGUGCAAGCAUAUAACAUCGCAGUACCCGACUAACACCCAGCAUAGAAAAGAUUGAUCUGUGGCUUCUCGCACCACUGUUAGAGCCUUUAAUGCCUUCUGUUAAGCUGACGGCAAAACUAACAUGCCCCUCUAUUUAGCAGCCAAAUAAAGAAGAAUCAUGGGUAAA